AUGCGCCUCAUCAAUGUGCGCAACUACCAUCUUGAGACCUUCUUGGGCUCAAAUAUCCCACCCUACGCGAUCCUCUCUCACACCUGGGGCGACAAUGAAAUCACAUUUGAGCAGAUGCCGCUCCAGGUGCCCCCUGCGGUAGCAGACGCCAGCCAAGAGGAGGACCUGGAAGGUGGUUACAUGAAGAUCAUCUAUGCUUGCAAGCAGGCUCUGUCUGAUGGCCUAAAUUACGCCUGGGUAGAUACGUGCUGCAUCGACAAGUCCAGCAGUGCAGAAUUGACGGAGGCUAUCAACUCGAUGUUCCAAUGGUACCAUCAGGCAGCCGUUUGCUACGCCUACCUCUCGGACAUCGAAAGCGACAGUCGCCUCCACGGCAUGAUGAUCUCGCAUGGAAUAGAGAGAAGCAAGUGGUUCAGCCGAGGCUGGACCCUCCAAGAGCUUCUUGCCCCUAUGAAGCUUCAAUUCUUCAUUCGAGGGUGGAGGUAUGUCGGCACCGUCGAGGAGCUGCAGGACGUAAUCGAGGAGCGAACUGGGAUAGAGAGGAUGUAUUUGACCAAGGACUUGUCACCUCUCAUGUGUCGCCACGCCAGUGUCGCCACGAGAAUGAGCUGGGCUGCAGGUCGUCGGACGACACGGCUUGAAGACCAAGCCUACUGUCUACUCGGAAUUUUUGAUGUCAACAUGCCAUUACUGUACGGGGAGGGCGAGAAGGCUUUCAUCCGUUUGCAGGAGGAGAUCAUGAAGUCCUCUGAUGAUGAGACUAUCCUUGCAUGGAAUUGGAGGAGUCGAUCAAGAACGGUUGGCCAAAGUGUUCAUGGCUACCUGGCAAUGUCACCAAUGUGCUUUUACAACUGCCAAGAUCUGCGUCCUUGGCCCAGCAGUGGAGGAGAGGCGAACUUCUCGGUGACGAACAGAGGCCUUCAGGUCAGUCUGCCCUUAAUUCACAGGGGUGGAGAUAGGUACGAUGCGAUUCUCAGGUGCAAUACCAAGAUGGACAUCGACCGAGCAGUGACUUUGCCUUUGGUGAAACUAGGGACCGGCCACGGAGGGCUAUUGAAUCGAGUUCCAUACUUCUCUCGCUCACACCAAGCCACCAGCAUCAAAUUCGUUGGAAACGAUACAUUGCGUUCCACCACAAUCUGCAUUUCAUCCCGCCCCUGGUGGCCCCAGAUCAUUCACGACGCGGAAGCCAUCCAAGGGUUCUACAUCCGCAACUUACCAGCGGGAUGCUUCAUUACCCAUACAUACCCCACUGAUGGUUGGUCGCCGGCAGACAAUUUUGCGACUAUGAAAGAAGCCAACAACGGCUAUGAGCCGCGCUACUUCUUUGGUUCCUACUACUUCGAGAACUUCGUGAUUCGUCUUGAACAUAUAUCAGACAGAUGGGUGUGCAAAAUCGCAAGUGAUGUAGAACCUACAUCUCUGACGCCUAAGGAGACCCUGGCCAGGUUAUCCUUUAGCGAGCACGUCGAGCUCAUGGAUCGUAGAAUGACUGUGUCUGCAAGAUUAGAGCCUAUACUGAAUGGCUUUCUCAUCGUUAUUGACCUGAGCGAGAGAACCGAGUGGAUAUGGGAACUUGGAGGUGUACUACUAGGAAUAUUGGGUGCCGGGGCAACCCUCGCUGCUGUGGGAUCUAUGACUAGGCCCAGAAGAAAAUCUCGUUGA